UUUUCAUAGCUUCUUGCAGGCGAAGAAAAUGUCAUAAAGAAAAGCUCCUCUCCUUCUCUCAAUUUGAAAAGGGUUUUUCUUGGGCUUUGGUUUCCAACUCAGACAUUCCUUCUUUCCUUUCCUCUCUAAAACUUUUUCACCACCACUUUCACUUUCUCUGCCUCUCCUUCCUUCUUCCAGAACUUUUUCAUAAAAAUAAAAUAUCAAAUAAAAUAAUAAAAACACUAAAAACCUAAUAAUGUCUAUCCUCAAAGCUUAUCGACAGCUUACACUUUCUCACUCCUUUUCUUUUUCAUUUUAACUUUUUAACACUACAUUCUUUUUCUCUCCUCCACUUUCUCACUCCUUUUUUUCAUUUCCAGCAAUUCUUUUCCAUUAUUUUCUAGCAAAACAAACAAAACCCAGAAACUGAAUUCCUUAAAACCCUCUAAUCCCUAACUUUAUUGGGUCCUAUAAACUAUUUUUUAAUGUCUACACCACUAGACCAGCAGCAACCACCACCCAUGGAAGUGACCCAACAAGUCUACACAGCUCAUACGGGUCAUGGGUCUGUUGGACCCUUUAUAGCAGUUCUAGCAGUGAUCACCAUCCUAGGAGUCUUAGCCGGCAUGGUUGGCCGUCUCUGUUCGGGUCGUCGGAUUAUGGGCCAUGGGCAAUAUGAUUUUGAGGGUUGGGUAGAGAGAAAAUGCUCUUCUUGUCUUGACGGUCGGGUCGACCCACCACCAGCCCCACCUGCUGAUAUUCCAGUAGCAGAGCCAUUAGAGGAAACGGGGCCUCAAGAAAUCAAAGAAGAAGAGCAAGAACAAAGUAAACAUAAAUCACAUGCAAGUAGUAGUGGUUCUUGAUUUUUGAUUGCUGGUAUAUUAUAUUGGGUUUCUUGGGCAAUGAUUCUUUUUAGUUUUUUGUAUGUGAAAAUGGUUUCUUUGGUGUUCAAAUUUUAGAUUUGCUCUU